AUGAGUCAUUUUCACAUGAAGGCUCGUGUCAGGACAAAGACGGUCAAGAAGGCUGCCCGAGUCAUUAUUGAGAAAUACUACACGAAGUUGACCCUUGACUUCCACACAAACAAGAGGGUAUGCGAGGAAAUUGCUAUUUUGCCUAGCAAGAAGCUCAGGAACAAAGUAGCUGGGUUCGUCACCCAUUUGAUGAAGCGUAUCCAGGCUGGUCCAGUCAGAGGUAUCUCCAUCAAACUCCAGGAGGAAGAGAGGGAGAGGAGGGACAACUACGUCCCAGAGGUUUCCCUUUUGGAACAACAUGAUGUAAUUGAAGUGGAUCCCGAUACAAAGGACAUGUUGAAGUCAUUGGACUUUGGAAACAUCCCCGGCCUUCAAGUAACACAACCAAUCACAGCCCAAGGAGGAUUCCGACCGGGCGGCGCUGGUGGACCACGAAUGUAAUUGUACACUUCGUUAACUUAUGUAAUAAAGUCAAAAGGGAAAUAUA